AUGGGAAUAAUAAUAUCAUAUGAAAGAUUAUCUGGAGAUGGAGAUUAUAAAAAUGAUGAAAAGAUUAUAUGUAAAAGUAAUUCAGUGCCAAAUUUUGAUUGGUUUGAUGGUGAUAAGUUUCCAACAAAGAUCGAAGAAGGUUAUCGAUUACAUGCACGACAUUUUGCACUUAAACAUGUAUGUCAUGGUAAUUUCACAGCGCCGCUUAAAGAAACUAUAAUAAAAGGAUCCAAAAUUUUGUUUUCGCAUAAGGAUGUAGGAUGCGGCUCAGGACAAUGGUCAAUAGAGAUUGCCCAAAUGUUUCCUGAUGCUGAAGUCUAUGGUAUUGACAUAUCUCCAAAUUUACCUUUCAUCGCACCAUAUAAUUGUACUUUUGUACACGGAAACAUUCUCUCAGGAUUUGAAAACAUAAGCAAAACUUAUUGGUCAAUACCUCUUGGAAGAUGGGGUGGAAGAAUUGGAGAAAUUAAUGCAGCAAAUUUAAAACAAGCGUAUUUAACAAUUCAACCUUGGUUAGCGCCUUUUACUGAAUUAACAGAGGACGAAUAUAAUCGUACAAUAAAACAAAUUGUUGAUAAAGAGUUGGACGAAUAUCAUUCAUACACAAAUCAUCAUAUUAUUUUGGUAAAGAAAUCUAUUUCGGGUCAUUGGUUCUCUUGA